AGUCCCAUCACCCUGUGGUGCAGACGGAGAAACCGAGAACCAGGGCAGAGUCCCUUGGCCAGCCUAGGAGAGGAGCAGACGGCCCUCAGCGCCUUUUUCCAAGAGACCAACAUCCCCUACAGCCACCAUCACCACCAGAUGAUGUGCACUCCAGCCAACACCCCCGCCACGCCCCCCAACUUCCCCGAUGCCCUCACCAUGUUCUCCCGUCUCAAGGCCUCCGAGAGCUUCCACAGCGGAGGCAGCGGCAGCCCGAUGGCCGCCACGGCCACGUCGCCCCCGCCGCACUUCCCACUCGCCGCCACCGGCAGCUUCGCGGCACCCAGCUGGCCGGCUGCGGCCUCGCCCCCAGGGGGGGCACAGCACCACCAGCCGCAGCAGCCGCCCCUGUGGACUCCGGCACCCCCUUCCCCGGUGUCAGACUGGCCGCCCCUGGUCCCCCAACAGGCCGCCUCAGAACCCAGAGCCCACCCUGCCAUGGAGGCCGAGAGAUAAGGGAGGCCCCUCCCCCCUCCCGGAGGCCAGAACCCCGUGGGGCGGGGGAGAGGACGUCUCUGCGGGCCCCCUUCACCCUCUGUCUGCACCCCCAUUCCCCAGAGCCCUGGGGGGGAGAGACCGGACCCUUGUGCCAGUACGCAGGCUGCCCGCAUGCGUACCCAGCAGCGCGGGCCUGCGGCACCCAGCUUUCAUGGAUUUGGUUCAGAGUCGUCUGGGUGCUGGUGGACAGAACCUCAGAGAACAAGCAGCCUUCCCCCGAGGACUCACCUGCCCCACCCCACCCCAGGGGGCUGCGGAGCUACCUGGGGCUGGUGGGCCUAGAUCCCCACCCUCGGGAAUGCAGAGCCUUCUCCGCAUGUGUGCGUGUCGCUGUGUCUGUGUAUUUAUAUGUAUGUCGCUCUUCGAGAAGCAACCUAGUUUAUGGGGCAGCUGGACUUUGCAUGUUAGAGUGAGCCCCCUCUCCCCUUGUCCGCCGUCCCUCUCCCCAGGGCCCUGCCCCUCUCCCCUGCCCCCUGGGCAGUCAGCCUUGCUGUUCCCUGCAGAGAAAAGGAUUGUGGGAAACUCCAGGACUCUUCCCACCCAUCCCCCAGCGCCUGCCUGCUGGGGCUGCCUGCAUGCCUCCCCAGAGCCCGGGGGUACCCCAUCCCCAGUUCCUUUCCCCCUUUUAACAAAGGAGAAGAAAGAGUUCCAAACCACCACCAGGCUCUGUGGUCUUGCCUCGUAUCCUAAGCUUUGCUGCCAGCUGGCCCUGUGUGGAGGGGGAGGGAGCCAACGGAGCCCAGAGCAGGGGCCCACCCCCCAGUCCCGCCUGGCUCCACACCGCUCCUGUCUGUUGCUGUCUUUUCAACCACAACAUGCUCUGAAAUCUUCCUGCCCACCCCAGGCUUUUCCCAUGAAGUUAGUUCCUGCCCUGUGUUCCCAGAACCCCUGCCUCCAUCUGCUCACCCUUCCCCCUGUCCGACUGGACAGAUCCCGACCUCCAGGGCUAACAGCUGCCUUCCGGUCUGCCAGGGUUUCACAGAGGACUUUUCUUCCUGGCUUAGGGCCCCAGUGACUGGCUGCAGGCUGGACCCUCAGCCCAACCUCCAGCAAAUAUGCUGUGUGGGCAGGGCCCUCCCUUGGGGAGGCACAGGACACAGCACCCGUAGUAAGAUAGCAGGCUUGGCUGCAGAGCCCGUGGGGGCUAGCAGCAGGGACCGGACAAGGCUGAGCAGAGUCUAACCCGCAGCUCAAACCUUUGGUUGCUAAGGAGACGAACCACUCGGGCAACAGUGGAUCCCCGGCUGCUAUCAAGCCAGGCUGGGGUAGGCACCUGUUCUUGCUCCAAGGGAGAAGCCAGGGCGCCCCACUCUGUCCUGGGCAGCCUGUACCAGUGGAGGGCAUCCCUGGGGCGGCUUUGGGAGAAGGUAGCCUUGGCCUUGUACCCCUUCGUGACGAGCUGGAACGUGGGGAAGGAAGGAGGCGGGGGCCUCUGCAGCUCUUCACUGACAGACCUUACUCCCUAAUCCGGGAGAGCCUGCCAGCACUCAGCCCUCUGUGGACGGCGUCUGGGUUGGGGAGUUCUAUUUUGGAAGGUCUCCUGCUUGACAGGUGUCUCAGCGCCUGCCAUCAACAGUCCUGCUCUCGCUCCCCAGGGAUGCCGUGCUGCCACUUAGCCUCACCUCUGCCCUGUUGGAGCCUGGACAGGCUCUGCGGACCACUGUCUGUCCCCGCUUAUCACUGAAGACUGACCGCGGCGCCCCUGCUCUAGCUGUUGCUUAUGUUCUGGAAGUGUGUCCUCACCUUGAAGCCCACCCUUCUAAUGGCCUUCAGAGGGGGCGCAGCUCUGUCUGGGGUGCCUGUGGUGAGGGAAUUGCGGGAUGGGGCAGGAUGAGAAGGGGGAGGCUGCCCUAGGCCUCUUUACUUUCAUCCUUUUGGAUGGAAGACAAUUCUCAGGGAGCUGCCACAUCUCCCUCCAAGUGUAGGAAAAAUGGUUUGUAGAAGCAAGUAAGUAUUUCUGGGUUAUCUGUGACAUGGGGGUUAUCUGUAACAGUGUGCCUGAGCUCCCCAGUGCGCAGAUUACUGAGGUGGCCGUAUGCGUUGGAGCCACACAAGACAGUGUACAGUCCAGAAUGUGCACUCAGGCUACCCCCAGGUGGGCCCCUGGGUGGCCUGUAAGUGAUCCACACCCUUGCUACUCAAAGUGUGGUUCCCAGACCAGCGGCAUAACCUGGGAACUUGUUAGAGAUGCAGGACCUCAGCCCCCAGCCCGGAUCUACUGAAACAGAAUCUGCUUCUGACAGGAUCCUCACGUGCCCAGUGGACAUGCAAGGGUGAGAAUGUCCCAACCUGACCAAGCCUAGUUCUGUUUCUGGAGGCCCCCACGGGCUGGGCCUGGAGGUCCCUGGUGGUCUCAUUAGGGCUGGCAGGGACUUGAGGUUCCUGUAGAUCCAGCUCUUCUAGCGUGGGCACUCUAGACAUCGGAGGCUGGGUCCUUCUCUGCCAUGGGCGCAUCCUGUAUGCUGUGAGAUGUUAAGCAGUAUCCCUGGCCCCUUCCCAUGAGUAGAUGCCAGGAGCAGCCCCCAGUUGUGACAACCAAAAAUGUCUAUAGGCACAGUGAAACAUCCCCUGGAAGCAAAGUCACCCCAGUGGAGAGAUCCCACGCUGCCUGUGGUUCCGUAGCUGGCUGCACAGCAUGGCCUCCAGGGAGCUCCCAGGCCCCACGGCAUCAGAAUCCCUGGGGAGGCCCUGACAGUACAGUUUUAAACAUUCCCCAGGAUAUCAGUGAUCGACUUGUGAAUGUACUAAAAACCACUCAAUCGUAUACUUUAAAAACUGUAUGGGGGCUUCUCUGGUGGCGCAGUGGUUGAGAAUCUCCCUGCCAAUGCAGGGGACACGGGUUCGAUCCCUGGUCUGGGAAGAUCCCACAUGCCGUAGAGCAACUAAGCCCGUGCGCCACAACUACUGAGCCUGUGUGCCGCAACUACUGAAGCCCGCGCGCCUAGAGCCUGUGCUCCACAACGAGAGAAACCACCGCAACGAGAAGCCUGUGCGCUGCAACGAAGAGUAGCCCCCGCUCACCACAAUUAGAGAAAGCCUGCAUGCAGCAACAAAGACCCAACACAGUCAAAAAUAAAUAAAAUAAAUAAAUUUAUAAAAAACUGUAUGGCAUGACACUUAUGUGUCAUAGCUGUUAUUAAAAGUAGAAUGGUUCCCGGGUGAUUCUGAUGCAACACAAGCCCCUCGUGGCAGCUGGGAGCCACCAGACUCGUGACCCUCCAGCAUGCAGAGCACAAGGGUCCCUUGGGUCCUUGAGGCAACUGUUCUGGAGGAGGGCCCAGGAAUCUGAUUUCUCUCUUUUUAAAAAUUUUUUUAAUGGACUUUAUUUUUUAAAGCAGUUUUGUUUUUUUUAAUUCUGUUUUUGAAUUUUAUUUUAUUUUUUAUAUAGCAGGUUCUUAUUAGUUAUCUGUUUUAUACAUAUUAGUGUGUAUAUGUCAAUCCCAAUAACCCAAUUCAUCCCACCACCACCACUUUCUCCCCUAGGUGUCCAUAUGUUUGUUGUCUACAUCUGUGUCUCUAUUUCUGCCCUGCAAACUGGUUAGGAAUCUGAUUUCUAACAAGGGCCCCAGGCACAGCGGAAACUGGAGCAGGAGGGGGCAGAGGGCAGGGCUGGAGCUUUCCAGCAAUGCUGAGGCCCUGCCAGGUGUGAGCCUCUGAGCAUCUCUCAGGCAAGCAAAGGGGUCAGGAAAACUCACUCAAGGGGAGCUAGAGGUGGGACAACAUAGAUGCCACGUGACCCAGAACUCAAGGGCAGCACAGAACCAGGAACUUCAAUUUCCCCAAACCUUGAGUCUCAGAAGCAAAACUGAAGGAGUCAGUAACCACCUACUACACGUUCAAGUGUAAACUGGCUAAAAAGCAAAGCUGCUGAUGUAGGAACGGAAGAGACUCACAUUUACAGCCAACCUCAGCUAUCCACCUCGGGCACCUCCUAGGAGCUGCCUCAGCAGCACACAGAGACCAGCCUUGUCACCUCAAAAGUCCAGCCUCUGGGCUUCGUCACCACUAGACUUGAGCUCCAGAUCGCUCUCUUUCCAAGAUUCCAUUGUGAAAACACCAUUUGCAUCCAUGAGGUUGCUGGAAAGAAUGUGAUUGGAGCUCUCAUUUCUGAAGAGGGUACAUGGCAGCAUGUGGAAUGGAGGCCCGGCCUCCCCAGGUGAUAAGCGGUGGGUGAGCCCUUCAGGUCUGAUGUUAAAUGAUCAGGGCGUGGCUGUCUUAGGGGUUUGCAGAUUCACAGGCCUCUGAUAUGUGCUGUUGGGCUUGAUUUGUCGGCCAGCACUUUAAAAUCAGGAGAGUUAAAUAAAAAAAAUUUAAAAAAAAAAUCAAGAGAGUUUACAAGAAAAGCCUCACUUCUGGCUUACCUUGGAAAAUUUGUAAUAUCUGGACCAAGUUCCCUUAAGGCCACAAAUGGUUGAAGCUGACCACCACGGUGGGGACAUAGCUCAGCGUGUCCCUGGCCAGCCAGCCACUCCUCUGCCCACCAUGGACAUGUGCGUGUCCAGCGUCUGUCUUGCAUCUGCUGGAAUCUCUGAAGGGGAUUUGCUCUUCAUCAGGAGCAUCUGUGGAAGUAAAUGUCCUGCU